AUGGCCUUAUUCUAUUCUGUAAAAGUUGUAUAUAUUUUAUCUCUAGUUACCUUUAAAUUUGCACUUUGCCAAGAUAAGUAUUCUGAUCCAUCGAAUUCUCGCCAUGAAAGCUGUUCUGCUAACGACCAUGCUUGUAAACGACGAGAGAUUGAUGAUGGUGUUAACGAAGGUCCCACAUUUGUCGGGCGAACCGGAUUAACACGACUUGACGGGGUGAAGGUUGGUCACGUUGAGGAAGUUGAUUUAGGAGAUUGUCACAGAAAUCGAAUUACGAGGGCGAUGAAACCUCUGUUAUUUGAAAUACCACAUUUUUUAACCAAUGAAGAAUGUGACUACAUAAUAAAGCUAGCUGAAAACAAUGGCCUGUUAUCAAGUACGGUUAGGGGAGGUCUUACGACAGAAAAAGAUUUAGAAAUACCGAAAAUUGAACAUGGCAAAGCUCAAGAUGUAGCGGGAAUCUUUGGUGCUUGGGACAUAAAUAAUGACCGAAGAAUUACAGUGGACGAGGUUGUCGAGUUCGGAAAGAAAUAUAUUUACGCCGUCUUCAGCGAAGAAGAUUUGAUAGAGUUACUUCACAAGGUGAACGUUACUGAGUUGGACGAUGGAGUAAUCACGCCUGAAGAGUUCGAGAAUAUGAAUACUCGUGGGGCUGACACUAUAAUGGCACAUGCAGGAAAAACUCAUCCUAAAUACAGGGCUCGCUAUAGUUAUCAGACCUUUUUGAACCAGAGAUACCUCAAAGAUCCUACCUUAGAUAGAAUCAUUGAAAGAGUAAUUAAGUUAACAAAGCUUCCAAGAGAAAUCAUUUAUGGAAGUGAAAGACUCCAGGUUGUUUAUUAUGAUAAAAAUGGUCAUUACCACGCCCAUUAUGAUUCUGAAACUCACCUGAGGAGCGACGUGCCCUGCUGCCAUCAACAAAAUGAAGUGGAUAUGUUGAGCUUUGAGAAUCCCUGCAGGAUUUGCAGGUACAUUACCAUUCUAUAUUAUCUUAAUGACGUGGAAGGUGGAGGUGAAACAGCCUUUCCUGUUGCAGAAAACGAAACCUUAAAUUUUGAGUACUUAAAAGACAGUCGCGGCACACUGGACUAUUUUAAUCUGAGUCACAACUGUCACGUGGGAAACUUAGUCAUCAAGCCUCGAAAGGGAACCGCUGUGAUGUGGUAUAAUCACUUUAUGGAUAAAGAGAGCGGAUGGCUGGGAGAGAUGGACCAGUAUAGUUUACACGGAGGAUGUGAUAUCACAAAAGGCGAAAAAUGGAUCGCUAAUAAUUGGAUCAGUGCUCCAUAUAAAGAUUCAGCUCACAUUCGAAGCUCGUGGCUGAAUUUUUACAUAUAA